CGUAAGAACUCAGUCUCGUAGGAGUCAUUGAAACGAGAGCACGCGCAUGAAAGCUGAACACGCGUGAACGAUUAUGUCACGAUUACUUUGCGAAUCACAUGCCGAUAUUAAUAAUGAUGAAAAUAUGGAAAGUGUCAAGAAAAGUCCCACCGGUUUGACUAACAAGCCAGAAGGACGCGUCUUGGUGCUUUACACAGGUGGCACAAUAGGAAUGGUGAGAAAUGAGGAAGGAGUACUGGUACCAAUAGCUAAUGCAUUCAUUAAAAAUCUACGAAGAUAUCCGCAGCUCCAUGAUCGUGAAUAUGCCGAGAAAACAUUCGGAGCGAUGGGGCCAUUAGUACUACCCAUGACCGCAACAGAUAAUCGCCGAGUCAUUUAUAAUGUGUUAGAAUAUUCGAAUCUUUGCGACUCUAGUAACAUGACUAUGGACGAGUGGAUUCGCAUUGCUAACGAUAUCAAGGAAUCUUACGAGUAUUUCGACGGAUUUGUGAUUCUUCAUGGCACCGAUACUCUGAGUUACACAGCAUCCGCGUUAUCCUUCAUGCUCGAAUCCUUGGGCAAGAUCGUUAUCGUGACCGGUUCGCAGAUGCCGAUUUUCGACACGAGGAGCGAUGGCCUGGACAAUUUUCUGGCGUCUCUUGUGAUCGCAGCGAAUUAUAGCAUACCCGAGGUAUGCGUGUUCUUCGGUACAAACUUAUUGCGCGGCAAUCGGACGAGCAAGGCAUCCGCGAGCUCCUUCGAGGCCUUCCACUCGCCGAAUUUUCCACCCCUGGCCACGGCGAACAUCAAAAUCGAAGUGAACUAUCGCUCGAUUUUUCGCUCGUGCAAUUUGGAGAAGUUUUCCGUGCACGCGUCACUCAAUCGAAACGUAGGCCUGCUCCGGCUGUUUCCCAGCAUCACGUCCGAUCUGGUGAAGGUGUUUCUUCAAUCGCCUAUCGAGGGAGUCGUGCUGCAAUCCUAUGGCAUGGGAAACCUUCCAACGAAUCGCGAUGACAUUAUCAAGGAACUUCGCGCAGCAACGAAGCGCGGUGUCAUCAUCGUGAAUAUCACGCAAUGCGCGACCGGAUGCGUCUCGGAUGCGUACGAAGCUGGAAAACUGCUCCGAAAAAAUGGAGUGAUAUUGGGAUUUGAUAUGACUCCGGAGGCCGCGUUGACGAAACUCGCGUAUGUCUUAUCGAAACACGAAUGGGACACGGAAACCAAACGGCAAAUGAUGCAAACCAAUUUGCGUGGCGAACUGACAGUCGGUCAACCGCCUACAUUGCAGGAUUGGGAUUUGGUGGAGGCUGUCGCUAAAUCCUUGAGAUUAUCCUCAACAGCGGAGCUGCAGGAGCUAGGAUCGAUCCUGUUCCCAGCUAUGCUGAGCGCCGCUGUAAUCAGGCGUGAUAUCAUAAAACUCGAAUCGUUACAAAGAUAUGGUGCAGAUAUUUCACAAGCGAACGCAGACGGUCGAACAGCUUUGCACAUAGCUUGCUGCGAAGGAGAUAUAAAAGUCGUGCGAUGUCUUCUAAAGAUGGGUGCAAAUAUUCAUAUCAAAGAUCGCUUUGAUCGCACACCUCUCACCGAUGCGAUCGAAUACGAUCGUCACGAGAUCAUCAAACUGCUGCUGCAGUGCGGGGCGCAUUUUCACGGGAACGCUUUGCUGAUAGGGGAGCGAAUGUGUGCGGCCGCAAGUGUCGGAAACACAAAGCGUUUACAAUCGUAUCUCCUGGCCGGCGCCGAUCUGUCGCAGAAGGACGUCUCGGGACGCACCCCGCUGCAUUUUGCCGCUCUUCACAAUCAUCCGGAAACGAUUGAGUUCCUGCUGGAGAACGGCGCGGAUCCGCACUGCCUCGACAUACUGGGACAAACCGCGGCGGAACUCGCGGAAACCGUGCGAGCCGAGAAUGCUACACGCUUAUUGGCGUCUUCCAGACGGAAUAUCGUGGUCGAAUCCACAGCAAAAUCGCACACAUAGAUGUAAAGUCUUACAGCUCAUUUAUAAUGUGCUCUUUGCGUCUUGUUUCUUGCUUUUUGUUUAUUUCUUUGCUUCUUUGUGUCUUGCUUUACGUUUUUUUAUUUUCUAUCGCUGGAGAUUAAAAUUGAUGAACCCCGGAAGAGACAAGAAAUAUGUGGCAAAAACGAUUUUCAUAUGAUUGCCAAUGUGCAGAGAAGAAAAACGCAAUAGACAAAAAGUAAGAAACAGGAAGCAAAGAGAUAGGCCUUUAAUCUUUUUGCUUAAUAUACAUGAUGGAGGGGGGGAAGGAGAGGAAGAAUGUGAUUUUAGAAAAAUUUCGCCUAAAACAAGUGCUAAUAGCGACUUGCUCCCUCUCUUUUUCAAAAUUUAAUUAUUUAUAAUUUAAUUAUAAAAAUUACAUUAAGCAGAGAAAGAAAAUAUAUUCAACACGAACUUGUUUUAAAAUCGGCGCAAUCGAGUUUUAAAGAUUAAAAAAUAUAUUAUAAAAUUAUGGAUAGA